ACUUUCACUACAAAUAUAUCAAACGAAAAAAAUUCCUUAAUACAAGUUGUACAAGAGGAAAUUUCUAAUAACGAGGUGGCGAGCUCUGAUUUAUGUUCAACUACCGCUUACGAUUUUUACAACCAACCACGGCGACGGUCUUCGGAUCUCUCUCUUGAAAACAAUCGUUCAACCCAUCAUAUAGUGAACUUUGAUAAUGUAUUGGCGUUUCAAUCUCCUGAUACUAAUGAUACAAACCCACAAGACAAUGGUUCUAGACCAUCAAGAAAUAUUUAUUAUAGAACUAGACGUACAAGUCAAAAUUCUUCUUCCACCGCACAAACUCCUCGAAACUUUAUCACACUAAUAAAACCAACAAAGGAAAAUUUUAUCAUCAUAUGUAUCCCGUUGAUUAUUUUCUUGAUAGGAAUUUCAAUCGCUAUUGUGGUCUUACUAUUUAUUAUGUCACAAGAAGAAAAACGUUAUAAGGAAUCAUUCGAUAAUCUAUGCAUGCAAAGAAUAAAUGCUAUAGUUGCUAAUUUUACGACGGGUUUGAACAUUGGAAAGGACUUUGUAGGAUUCUUUACCGUAAUCGCGGGCAUUGUCCCAAAUAUAAUAGAUGAUGCAUCAGGCGAUGUUACCGUGAACACGUUCGGAAAUCUAUCUGCAUUCACUGAAAUGGAUAUCCGCACGAUGAAUUUUUCUCCAAAAAUCCUUGAUGUUGAACGUUCAAAUUAUGAAGCGAAACAUGGCAUAAUUAGAGAGUGGGACGAUCAAAAUGGAAAGCAAAUUCUACGAGUUAAUAACACGGAAUAUUUCCCCAUACGAUAUUCUAUACCUUGGAGAAAUGAUACGUCGACCUUAUUGAACUUCGAUUUGUCAUCAGAAAAUGAGAGGAAAGCAGCAAUUAUGAAAGCGAGACAAACAAGAAAUCUGACAAUAACUCCGAGAAUUCCACUGGCAUACAAUAAACAAAAAGAAGGGAUUGUAGUGUUUUUUCCAUUUUAUAAUAAUUUCGUGAAAGGCGUCGGUCAGCAAGUGGUACAAAGUGCGAACGUCGAUGUUUAUGGGUUCAUUGUAGGAGCGUAUGAGUUGGACCAUACUAUUGAAACUGUCACACAGGGAGUUGAUGAACAAACUAGGAUUGGAUUUGAUAUAGUUGAUGUAGAAAGUGGUACAUCUAUUUAUACCAAAGAUCAUAAUAUAAAUUGGCAUUCUUCUGAUUUUAGUAGACAGGAAAAUCGUUCUAUAGGAGAUCGUCAAUGGUCAUUUACUUGUAGUACUUCUAUGGCUGAAUACAAUAGAUCAAUAUCAAGAUAUUCGCCAGCGGUAUUUUUUGUGCUAAUUGCAGUGUUCUUUAUUUUUGUUGCCUUUUUAUCAAUGAAAUAUUUUAGAAAACUUUAUAAAACACAAGAUCGAUUUACUGAACAAACAGCUAGAUUAGGAAGAACGCAGAGUCUUCUUAAAUCAAUAACAGCGGAUUCAAAAGCUGUUUUAGAAGCGAUAGCAGAUCCAUUAGUCGCGUUGAAUUCCAAAGGAGAAAUAGUUGGAGCUAAUCAGCAUGCAUUAAGAGUAACAGGAUAUUCACCGGAGGAAAUUAAAGUUGCAAAUAAGAUGCAUAUAAAUCAAUUAUUGCUUCCUGCAGCUGAAACACCAAUGGAGGAAAGAAAUCUUGCAUCACUCGAUCCAUCGAAUGAAAAUAAUCUCAUUAUAGAUGUACCUGUUAGACCCGGUAUGAGGGAUGUAUUAGCAAAAAAGAAAGAUGGUACAGUAUUUGAAGCGGAAGCCAAUUUCUCUCAACCAAUUGUUGAGAAAAAUUAUUUUACACAAGUAGUAAUGUUUAGGGAUGUAUCAUUUAAGAAAGAGAAUGAAAGAUUAGUUAUGGAAGCCAAGAAAGAUGCUGAUUUAGCUAAUCAAAGUAAAACGGAAUUCUUGUUCUUUUUAUGUCAUGAGAUACGAAACCCUACACAUGCGAUAUUAGGAUUUGCGGAAAUGUUACGAAAUUCAUUGAAAGAAAAAGAACAAUUUGAAGAGUUGGAAAGCAUAAUGUCAGCAGGAAAGUUCUUAUCGUUUAUAGUAAACGAUAUUCUCGAUUUGACGCAUUUCACCAAUCCAGACCCUUAUGAAAUCGAUUUAAAGUGUGAAGAAUUUAGUCUCCACACACUGGUUGACAGCAUAGCCAAAAUCCAAUCUAUCGAAGCAGAUCAUAAAAACAUUCAAAUAAAGACAAUAAUUGAUGGAGGAUUAUUACAAAAAGUAUACGGUGAUGAACGUAGAUUGGAACAAAUAUUAAUGAAAUUAUUGUCGAGGAGUAUUGAAGUUGCACCGAACGAUGGAAUUGUGGAAUUAAUAGUUGAACAGAAACAAGUUCAUCGUCGCAAAGGUGUACUAUUGAGAUUCUCAGUAAGAGACCAAAGUAAUGGAUUGAGUUCGGAUGAAGAAAUACAAGAAUUAUUUAAACCAUACUCAAAGACUAAUAGUAGUAUUGGAUCAAGAUUUCAUGCACAAGGUUUAUCAAUGGCAUUAGCCCAAGCGAUUGUUAAGGUAAUGGGAGGAAGAUUAGUCAUAGAAAAAGUGAACAAGAAUAGUAAUAUUGAUGGCGGUGGUAAAUCAAAAGAAGGCGCCAAUGCUAGUAAUCAUGUAUGGUUUGAGAUAUGGUUAUUAACGAAGGAAGCUAAUGAAUAUAAUGAAAAAGGACAUUUAAUAAGAGAGUCGUUUGAUAGCACAGUCAUUAGUAAAGCUGGUAGUGCAGGCAGAAAUUCAUUCAAAAUUACCAGCGCACCCGGGUCAACCGAUGGUAAAUUGAUGGAUGAUACAAUUCUAGUAAGCUCGGAUUUUGUUGAACAUGGAGUAACUCCUGAAUUUAAGGCACAGGCUCAGCUUCGUAGCACGAGGAGCAUGUCAUUAGCAAAACCACAUCGUAUUAGCCGAACAUAUAAGAGUACGAUAAGGAAGAAACGAAGAGCUACAUUGACGUCGACAGCAGCUGCAACCAUGAGCGGAGAAGAAGAAUCUAAUGAAGAAGAAAUGUUUGUAAGUAAUAGCGGGGCAAAGAAUACUAGCAGUACUAGGUCAGCUACGAAUGCCGCUACUAAUUUCUUUAGAAAAGGAAGUAUAAUGUUGGCAUCUGGAUUAGCCAGAGCGAGUACCAUUUCUCAUAGUAGUAAUUAUGAUAAAUCAUCACCUUCUCCAUUAGCUGCUAAUUUUUCACAAAAUUCUGUGAACGACGUUAUAAUACACAAGAACGAAGACAAAAACAUUGCUAGCAGCGUUCAAAUAGAAUCGCAGGAGAAUACGCUUCCUCCUAUAAUAUCAUAUUAUUCUGGUGGUAAUGCUAAUGCUCCACCUGUUCUUCAGGAGUUCAAUAAUCUAAUAUCCGAGUCUGUUAAAACAGGUUCAAUUAAGUCAAAAAAUAGUAGCAAUUUUUCAUUAAAUACCUCAACCUCUAUGCCGAACAGACGGAAUAUAUCGAACAUGCCGAUGCCUCCAAAUAACGCAUCUGUUUCUGUCGGUGCAUCAUCCACUUCAAAUUCACCACAGCAACAUCCUCUCCAUUUCGCCAUACCAAAUGAUAACCCGAUACUCACACCUCCUUUUUCAUAUGCUGCUCGUCCCCCUUCAUUAACUUUAACAACAGAAUAUGAUGGUAAACUUUCUACUUCUGUAGAUAUAUCUGCCAAUGUACAAGUUGAUUCUACAGCUACUGCUUCUUCAGAACCUCAAAAGCAGUUAAAGAUUUUACUUGUCGAAGAUAAUUUGGUGUGCCAACGAGUAACAUAUAAAAUGUUGUCGAGAAAUAAUUAUUUAGUGGACAUUGCAAAUCAUGGUAAAGAAGCUGUUGAUAUUGUGGAUAUAUAUCAAAAUCAAAAUCAACAAUAUGCAUGCAUACUUAUGGAUAUCAUAACACCUGUGAUGAACGGAUAUGAAGCUACUCAAAUAUUAAGAGAACGUGGUGUAGAUAUACCGAUAUUAGCAUUGACUGCCAACAGUUUUGAAAGUGAUGUAAAGAAAGCCAUGGAUGUCGGGAUGAAUGAUUUCUUAACUAAACCUAUCAAAGAGGCGGAAUUGAUUGACGCAAUAAGAUUACAUAUUGAGAAAUAUGAGAAUCGAUACUUAUCACAAAAUCAACAAGACGAUUCUAUGGAAAUAUCUGUUGAAAAAGAUCAAUACUUGACAGUGAAUUCAUAG